CGCUGUCGGUGCAAACGAAUGAAGAAGCAGUGAAAGACUCACAGCGAAAACCGCAUUAAGACAAGAUGGCAGGACUGCCCCGUAGGAUCAUCAAGGAGACACAGCGCUUGCUGGCGGAGCCCGUGCCUGGCAUAAAGGCGGAGCCGGACGAAGGCAACGCCCGCUACUUCCAUGUGGUCAUCGCGGGCCCCCAGGACUCCCCGUUUGAAGGGGGGACUUUUAAACUUGAACUUUUUCUCCCGGAAGAGUACCCCAUGGCUGCCCCGAAAGUACGCUUCAUGACCAAAAUAUAUCACCCCAAUGUGGACAAGCUGGGGAGGAUAUGUCUAGAUAUUCUGAAAGAUAAGUGGUCACCAGCCCUGCAGAUUCGUACAGUGCUGCUAUCCAUCCAGGCAUUACUAAGCGCUCCCAACCCUGAUGAUCCACUAGCAAAUGAUGUCGCAGAGCAGUGGAAAACCAACGAAGCUCAAGCCAUAGAGACAGCCCGGACAUGGACCCGGCUGUACGCUGGAAACAACAUUGAAGUGUAAGCAUGGGAGUGGAGCGUGAACGUCGAGCGCAAACACAACUCCUCCUGUUCAGCCAAGACCACCUCUUCCUCCUAAAGGACACAGUCUUAGAAAAAUACAAACAAGUACAGCUUAUAUUAAAGAGGAAAAAAAAAA